AUGAAGGCACAAAUCCGCCCCCUAGUGGAAAGUGGAGAAUAUGCUGAACUUCUAGAAAAAAUGGAAAGGAGGAUAAAAGAUCUAGAAGAAAAUAUCAGAGAAACAAAAAGAAAGAAAAUCUUAAGAGACCAAGCAGAUUAUAAAGCACAAAUCCAAAGAAACUGGAAGAGUGAAAAUAAACCACGUUAUCAAUCACCCAUACGGGAGAUAAGAAGACCGAAAUUCAAGCCACAGCAACAUAAGACAUAUAAAGAUGCUCUCACUUUCCAUCAAACACCAAAGAGAACAUACCAACAAUACCAUACAGAUAGCAGACCAACAUACCAAAGAAGAUAUGACAACCCGAAUAAUAGAUACCAACAAAGAAACACACAGAGGAACACAGGCUAUACCAACUAUCAAAAUGGAAAUACCCACCAAAAAAGAUUUGAUAACUCAAAUGAAAGGUACCACAAUACCAAAAGGGAUACAACAUAUCAUCAAGAUAAGAGGAGAACCAACAACUCCACCAUACGGACUGAAGUGAUACAUACUCCAAGAACAUAUAAUGAGAGGAAUGUCCAUGCACAGUCUCCUAUCAAAAUGAACACAACCACCACAACCGUGGAACAUAAAAGAACCAUAUCUCAAGAUAGACUACCUCCAUCAGUUCCUAAUUUAGCAACUGAAGAACCACAAUACAACAUCAAUACAGAGAAUGAUUUUUUAGAGAAAAGGGGGAGAGUACCCCCCAGGAGAUUCUCAAUGGAAGACUUCCCUUUACCACAAUUGCGAAGAAAGCGAACACUAAGAGACAUAGAAGAAGGCAUAGAACAAAUAGAAGACCUAAUAUCACAGAAAAGGAAGAAGUAA